AUGUACAGUAAAUUCUUAUUCAGUGAUCUGAACCAGCAGCCUAUAGAACAAUCGACUUGGAGAAUAAAGAGUCUACAUGAUCUUGGAUCCUUGGAGCCCUUCAUCAAGGAGAAAGUAACGAGCAGUGAGGUUAGCAGAACUUCAAGAAUACAAGACAAACACAAAACGACAUUCCAUCUACCACCGCACCACAUCCUUAUCCCCACUGCUCGUUCAACCUCCAAAUCGGGGUUUUGUUCUCAGAAUUACGUUGUGGACUCGAUUAUGUCAGCCUCUGAGAAGAGUGAGCUGUUGGGAUCCCAACUACGGCAUUUCUCUACCUCAUUGAUUGGAACCCAACCAAUGACUGAUCAGACCUCCUCCUCCUUUUCCAACAACGCGCCGCCAUCCAAGUCCAACCCACUACCAUCAUUACUACUUCCGAACCUCCCAGAUGAUAUUGCACUGCAAUGCAUUGCCAGAGUCCCCAAGUCAUAUCACCCCACACUAUCUCUUGUCUCCAAGUCAUGGUUGUCCGUCAUACGCACCCCGCUUCUCUUCACCACCCGAUCUCUCCUCCAUUGCACUCAACACUUCCUCUAUCUCAACAUCCGCAUCUUCAACACAUUUAAUUGGUACUUACUAGAUUGUAGUCCUUCAAACCCUAAAAACCAUAAAAGAACUCUUUAUCCUCUGCCUCCUAUUCCCUUGCAUCUCACUGGGCCUGCUUUUGCCGUUUUAGGCCCCAAAAUCUUUGUAAUCGGUGGGUCAAUCCAUGACAUACCCUCAAACAAUGUUUGGAUUUUCGAUUGUCGGUUCAACAAAUGGGAAAUUGGGCCCAAAAUGCGUGUAGGAAGAGAAUUUGCUGCUGCUGGGGUAGUGAAUGGAAAGAUAUAUGUAAUGGGUGGGUGUGUAGUUGAUAAUUGGGCUCGAUCGAUGAAUUGGGCUGAGAUUUUUGAUCCAAAGAUGGGGUCAUGGACUUCUCUACCAAGCCCGAUUGAAAUUAGGGACAAGUGGAUGCAUGCUAGUGCAGUUGUCAAUGAUAAAGUGUAUGCAAUGGCUGAUCGGGGCGGUGUGGUUUACGAUGCCUAUGCAAAGGAAUGGGGUGGGGUGCCAAAGAGGCUUGAUUUGGAGUGGAGGGGACGGGCUGCAGUGGUGGAUGGGGUGUUGUACUGUUAUGAUUACUUGGGAAAGAUUAGGGGCUAUGAUAUGGGGGAGGAUGUGUGGAAGGAGUUGAAAGGGGUGGACAAGGGUUUACCAAAGUUUUUGUGUGGUGCAACAAUGGUGAAUUUUAAUGGGAGGUUGUGUGUGGUGUGGGAGGGGAAGGGGAAGGGGAAGGGGAAGGGGAGUGGGAAAGAAGUGGAGAUUAUGUGUGCGGAGAUUGAGGUUCAUAAGGAUGGGGGAGGAGGGUUAAGUGGGUCGAUUGUAUGGUCCAAUGUGAUACUUGUGAUUCCGAGUCAUGCUUCAAUAGUGCAUUGCUUGGCAGUAGCGUUGUGAUGGCAUAACAGGAAGGUAUGUUGUUUCAUAUAUGAAGCUUUGUUUGAAUUCAAAUUCUCCCCUCCACCUCGAGUUACACACUUUUGAAUUUGUCGUCCGUCAAAACUUGUAUAUAUAUGCACAUAUGAUGUGUUGAAAACUUGUGUAUGACACUGUGCAUCUCAAUGUCCUCCAAAGUUUUGUGCUUGGAACUAUUGUGGAAAAGGUGAGGGAUUGUAAUAAGAAAAACUAUGGAUUUAAGAUGGAUCAGGUGCCUGUGACGUUUCAAAGAGUUAAAAAACUACUAUGAAGGUUUUUAGCACAAACAAAUGCACAUUUCACACGACUAUAAAACCUGUCUCUGUAGAAUGCAUGGUAAUGUGUUCAAACUGUUGUGCUGAUAUGGAAUGGUAAUGAAAAGGGCUAUAAGCU